AGAAAGGCUAAGGAAGAGGCUGAAAGAAAGGCUAAAGAGGAAAAUGACCGUAAAAUAAAACUAGAAGCUGUUCAAAAAGCCAAAAAAGAGGCUGAAGCUAAAAGGGUUAAAGAGGAAGCUGAAAGAAAGGCUAAGAAAGAGGCUGAAGCUAAAAGAGCUGAAGAAGAGGCUGACCGUAAGGCUAAAGAGAAAUCAGAUCUUAGGAUUAAGAAAGAAGAAGAGUCUAAAAGAGCUAAGGAAGAGGCUGAUAUUAAGGCUAAGGAAGAGAAAGAACAAAAGGCUAAAGAGGAAGCUGAAGCUAAGAGAAUUGAAGAAGAAGCUGAAGCUGAAAGAGCCAGGGAGGAAGCUGAAAGAAAAGCCAAGGAAGAAGAAGCCAAGCAGAUAGAAGAAAAAAAGAGCAAUGAUAGUUUAGCAGAAAAUGCACUAUCUCUGUCUAAAAAUAAUGUUUCAUCUAAAUUUUUUAAAAUGUUCGGACGUCUUAACCGUAUUGUAGGCUGCUUAUUCAGAAUAAUUAAGAUGGCUUUCAUCAUUACUUUCUUUACUCUACUAAUAUUUACAGCGAUUAUAUACAUCCUAAGAGUACUUCAUCUGAAAAGAACAAAGAUCAACGAAUACAAAGACUAUUUGGUGGACAGAAUCUACAAAAAGAGCAAAAAUGUUCUGCCAAUUGACACGAUCAAAGAGCUAAGAGCCCAGCACCCUAUUCUCAGCAAUCUGGAGUGGAAGAUACUAUGUAAAAAGAUUUUAUUAGACGGGAACAUUCGGUUGACAAAAGUAUUUAGAGGAUUUAAAGAGGAGCCUGCUUGGAUUUGGGUUGGCGAUGAUUAA